CAAAGAGCGAUAACCGCAUCUGGUUCAAGAAACCUAGGAUAGUUGGGUUUGUCGACAACCAACAUAAUUUCUCAGAAUGUUAUCUCUUAGGGGAUCGUUAUGUGGCUUUAAUAAAAAAUUUGAACGUUUCCUCCUCAAGAACAAGAUUUAUGCUGUACAGACAAACUUCUAUUCAGCCAGGAAAACUGGGGAAGUGAUAGAGGAUGUCCAUAGAAUAAGAAAUAUUGGAAUCUCAGCACACAUUGACUCUGGCAAGACAACCUUGACAGAAAGACUACUGUUCUACACUGGCAGGCUAGCUGAAAUGCAUGAGGUUCGUGGUAAAGACCAGGUGGGAGCAAAAAUGGACUUCAUGGAGCUAGAGAGGCAGCGGGGCAUCACCAUUCAGUCAGCUGCCACAUACAUUAUGUGGAAAGACAUCAACAUAAAUAUCAUUGAUACACCAGGUCAUGUUGACUUCACAGUGGAAGUGGAAAGGGCAUUGAGGGUGUUGGAUGGUGCAGUGUUGGUGCUGUGUGCUGUUGGUGGUGUACAAAGUCAGACAUUUACUGUCAAUCGGCAAAUGAAACGUUAUAGUGUGCCCUGUAUUGCCUUCAUAAACAAACUGGAUCGUCAAGGCUCAAACCCUUAUCGUGUGCUUAGCCAGCUUAGGUCAAAACUGGGUCAUAAUGCUGCAUUCUUGCAGUUGCCCAUCGGACUGGAGGCAGACCAUUCUGGUAUUGUUGAUCUUGUACAUGAAAAGGCCUUGUACUUUCAGGAGCCUCUGGGCAUGAAGGUGAUUGAAGAUGAGAUCCCAGUCAAACUGAGGGCUGAGGCUAAAGAACGUCGACAGGAAAUGAUAGAGAAUAUUGCCAAUGUUGAUGACCACCUGGGGGAAGUCUUCUUGGAGGAGCGACAGCCAACAGUGGAUGAAAUUAAGGCAGCAAUAAGACGUUCCUGCAUAAGGAGAACAUUCACUCCUGUUUUGAUGGGCACAGCACUGAAGAACAAGGGUGUACAGCCUCUUUUGGAUGCUGUCCUUGACUACUUGCCAAACCCCUCUCAAGUCCAAAAUUUAUGCAUUGAUAAUGACAGCAAAACUGGGGAGAAAAUGUUAUUAAGUCCAGAAAGGACCUAUGACAGCCCAUUUGUUGGUUUAGCUUUCAAACUAGAGGCUGGACGAUUUGGUCAGCUAACAUACCUACGCAUUUAUCAAGGUGGUGUCAAAAAGGGUGACACAAUUAUAAAUACAAGGACCCAGAGAAAGACUAAAGUUUCUCGACUUGUGCGAAUGAAUGCAGAUGAAAUGGAGGAUAUCAGUGAGGCUUUGGCUGGGGACAUCUGUGCUUUGUUUGGAAUUGACUGUGCUAGUGGAGACACUUUUGUUACCAAGGGAAACCUCAAUCUCUCAAUGGAGUCCAUGUUUAUUCCAGAGCCUGUCAUCUCCAUGUCUAUCAAGCCUGUUAAAAAUGCUGAUUCAGACAACUUUUCCAAGGGCAUUCUUCGCUUUACUAAGGAAGAUCCAACAUUUCGUGUGCACUGGGAUGAUGAUUCCAAGCAGACAAUUGCUUCUGGUAUGGGUGAGCUUCACCUGGAUGUCUAUGCUCAGCGUUUGGAACGAGAGUACAGUGCCAAAUGUGAACUAGGCAAACCUAAGGUGGCGUUUCGUGAAAGUUUGAUUGGACAAUGCAAAUUUGACUAUCUACAUAAGAAGCAGACAGGGGGACAAGGCCAGUAUGGACGAGUUAUUGGCUACAUGGAGGGUUUACCACCAGAAGAGAACACCAGCAUUUUGUUUAGUGAUGAAACCUCAGGAACCAACAUUCCUAAACAGUUUAUUCCAGCCAUUGAGAAGGGCUUUCGUAAGGCAUGUGAGACGGGUCAUCUUUCUGGUCAUAAAGUUGCUGGGGUCAGAUUUGUUCUUGAAGAUGGUGCAUCUCAUGCCGUGGACUCCAGUGAACUGGCCUUCAUUACUGCUGCAGAAUUUGCUGUUCGCCAAGUGUUUGAAACUGGUCAGUGGAACAUUCUGGAGCCAGUAAUGAUUGUAGAGGUGAAUGCACCCCAGGAAUACCAAGGCGGUGUGAUGGCAGGUCUGAUAAAACGCCAUGCUGUCGUCACUGGCACAGAUUCCAAUGAGGGAUACUUCACCCUGUACUGUGAGGCACCUCUUAAUGAGAUGUUUGGCUAUGCUACUGAGCUGCGAUCACUCACACAAGGGAAAGGAGAGUUCACCAUGGAGUACAGUCGCUAUUGCCCCGCCUUGCCAACGACACAAGACGAGCUAAUCAGUCAGCAUGAAGAAGAAAGUAAAACCUCUUCAGAUAAGAAGAAAAACCGAAAUCGAUAAACACAAAUUAUUUAGCUAGUUGUGUAAAUGCUGCAAAAUGCUGGUCACUUCAGUGUGUGUGGUAGUAUGGAGAUGUUAUUGGCAAACUGUCUGCUGACUGUGAAGAGUGAGCAAAAGUCCAGCUCCUUUUGUGAUGCAGAUUUACCAUGGCUGGGAUUGCAACAUUUCAUUUCAUCUGGUAAACAUGGCUUGAUUCUUGACAGAUUAAUGAUCUUAACAAGAUGGUGUGUGACAGUCAUAGCUGUUCUCAUCCGUCAGGAUUCAGUUUAGCAGGAAUUCAUGGGAGUCACAAAACAACUUCCCAAGGAGUGAACUUUGAAAUCUGUGAUAAGUUUUCUUUGGGAUCUACAUAACAUUUGCUAAUGAAAGUUUCUAACUGUGAAUGUGCAAGUUUGCAUGUAUGCUUUCUUAUUGUAUUGAUGAAUCAUAAAAAUUAAAAAUGUUUAUUUGUGGCUGA